AUGAACCGACCUCCUCCGCAACAGGGCCAGGGUCGUGGUCAGCCACGCCUCGGGGCGACUUGGUAUCCAGGGGGGCAGGAUGACUUUUACAUGCCAGAGGUCAUCUCCCCCUCCCCUCAAAGGGUGAUGCCCGAGGUCCCCGAAAACAUGCAAGACAAUAUCGCGCAAAUGGAACAUGGCGCCUACGACCCCCGCCGCGCCCAGCCGCAGUCGCCCGCGCAGUACGCUCCCCGAUCCCAGUUCCCAGAGCGCACUUCAUCCGCCGUCCAGAGCCAACCUCAGCAAGCCCAUACUCAGGAUCACGGUGCUUACGCGCAGUCUGCGACCUACGAUGACGUGGAUCAGCCCAAUUUCUCACCCUUCCCCGUCUUGCGGAACCCCCCGCCAAAUGUCCCGCCUACCGAUGAGCAGCGCGAAGAGAGUCUCGAGCGCGCCCGCAUGGCCGUUUUGUCCACCACCGACCCGGAGAUGCAAUUGGCCUGGGCACAGGAUGCGCUCGCUUUUGUCGAGGUUACCGCGCAAAACGAGGCCCGUCUGUCGACUACUCAACCACCGCGGCCGCACACGCCCCAGGUUGAGCGUCAGCUGCGGACGGACGCGAUGAAUAUUGUCAACUUUUUGGCGGGACAGCAGCACCCCAAAGCCGAGUUUAUCAAGGGCAUGUGGCUGGAGUUUGGCAAGUUUGGCUACCGUGUUGAUCGGAAGGAGGCCUUCCGCUCGUACACGCGGGCGGCGGAGAGGGGAUAUGCGCGCGCCGAGUAUCGCAUUGGUAUGCAGUUUGAGAGCUCCGGAGAGCCGGAGAAAGCGAUUCGACACUAUGAGCGCGGUGUGUCAAUGUCGGAUUCUGCCUCGUACUACCGCUUGGGAAUGAUGAUUCUUCUUGGACAACACGGCCAGCGUCAGGACUUCCGAAAAGGCUUGGAGUAUAUUAGAUUGGCCGCGCAAUCAUGCGACCAGAACGCGCCGCAGGGUGCCUAUGUCUACGGUAUGCUGUUGGCCGGAGAGCUCCCUCAAGUCAGCGUGCCUGAACCGUACCUCACUCCGGAUCUCAACAUCGCCCGUGUCAACAUCGAAAAAGCCGCCUAUCAUGGGUUCGCCAAGGCCCAGGUCAAGAUGGGUGCCGCAUACGAGCUUUGCCAGCUGCAAUGCGAUUUCAACCCCGCGCUGUCCUUGCACUACAACGCGCUCGCGGCCCGCCAGGGCGAACCCGAAGCCGAAAUGGCCAUUAGCAAGUGGUUCCUUUGCGGUCACGAAGGUGUCUUUGAGAAGAACGACGAGUUGGCAUUCACGUUUGCCCAACGUGCAGCACAAAGCGGCCUCCCUACCGCUGAAUUUGCUUUGGGUUACUUCUAUGAGGUCGGUAUCUUUGUUCCAGUCGACAUCAGAGAAGCUCGAAGUUGGUAUGCCAAAGCCGCUGCGAGCGGUAACAAGGAUGCCUCUGGACGCAUUGAUAGCAUUUCGCGAUCAAAGACUUUGUCAAGAAAGGAUCAUGAAAAGGUCGCUAUUUCCCGCAUCAAGUCGACCCGUUACGCCCAUCAGCGCGGUGCUUCUUUGGAAUCAACUCCCGAGAACAUCGAGAUGCCCGACCCUUCACGCAUGAGCCUCAACGAUCAACCUUCGUCUGCCGCUCCCUAUCCUGAUCGAAGUGGAUCUGCUCGUCCUCGUCCUCCCGGCCAGCAGAACUACCAAAUGCCCGAACCUCGCCCCAGCUCCGCAUUCGGGGUCAAUCCCAACCUUCGCCAGAAUGGCCCCCCCGGUCCUGGCUAUGGUGGCCCACCCGGGCCUGGAGGUCGCAGUGCAUCCUAUGGCCCCAGUCCUGGUGGUCCCCCUGGACCUGGUCCUAUGAAUUACCGCCAGCAUGGCCCAGGCACUCCGGUUGGUGGCCCUGUCCCCGGUGGACCAGUCAGCCCACAGUCCGCGGGCAUGAUCAGCCCCAGCGGCACGCCCCGAGUCGACAUUGGAUACUCCGCCCCGGUUCCACCUCCAGGUGCGGACCGCCGUCGCCCUGCACGCCUCGACGCUGCGCCGCCAGACCGCAAGCCUAUGCGGAGCCCCGUCGGUGGCCACGGUCCUGGCCCUCUGCCAUCUCCUCGUAACCCUACGUCUCCUAGGCCCAUGGGCUCCCCUCAAUCUGCAAACUUCCCUCCACGCAAUGAGUCGCGGCAGCCGUCCAGAGGCUCGGCUUCGUCCACACCUCAGCCACCGGCGGGCCCGCAGCAACAGCCGCAGCCGAAGCCAGCCCCGCCACCAUCCAAGGGUCCUAAAACAUUCGAGGAGAUGGGUGUGCCCAGUGCAAAGAACGACAGCGAUUGCAUUAUAAUGUAA